AUGGCUAACAAGAUUAUAGAAAAAAAAAAUAAAUUAAAAAAAAAAGAUACUAAAAAUAUAUUAAAAGGAUUAUCUUCAUUAAACAAAAGAAUAAAAAAAUGUCAUAAAAUUAACAAAUUUAUACAAGAAAAAAUAUUAAAAAAAAGGAAAAAAAGCAAUGAAGAAAUUAUUAUUAAAAAAAAAAAUAUCAAAAAAAAUAAAGUAAUUGAAAAGAAAGAUGGUUUAGGCAAAAAGAAAGAAGAAAAAAGAAUGAAAAAUAAAAAGUAUAAAAAUAAUGCAAAAAUUAAUCAUAAUAAUAAUACCAAUGAUAAUUCCAAAUGUACUAAUAUAGAAGAUGUUAUUUUAAAAAAAAGGAAGAUUAAACACAAAAAAGAAAAUAAUACUAAUAAUAAUAAAAUAAAAUCCGUAAAAAAGAAAAAAUAUAAUAUAUAUGAUGAUAAAGACAAAAUUAAAUUGAAAAUUAAAAAAAAAAAAAAAAAUACUAUUAAUAAUGAUAAUAUUUCUGAUAAUAAUAACAUUAACAAUGUAAAUGUUUCAUUUUUUGAAGAAAAUUUUUUAAAUAUAGAAAAAAAAAAGAAAUUAAACAAAAAGUUACUUGACUUGGAAGAAGAUUUUUUACAAGUAAAUAAUGAUACAAAUAAAGAACAGUUCUCAGAAAAAUUUAUAGAUUUUUUAAAUAAUUAUGAAGAAAGAGAAAAUAAUGUAUCAAAAAGAAAUAAAAAUAAUAAUGAAGAUAAUAUAAAUAAUGAUGACGAUGACUAUAAAUAUUUAUCACUAAAAGAUGAUAUAUACAAAGUAAAGAAACCGAAUGAAAAAAUAGAUAUUUCUGAUUUAAUUUAUUCUAUUGAUAAUUCUUUAGGAGAUAAUAUUAAUAAUGAUUUAAAUUAUUUAAAGAAAGACAAUAUGAAAAAUAAUAAUAAGCACUUAUCCGUUUUAGAGGAGCAGAAAUUUAACUCCUCUUUAGCUUAUAUUAAAAAUGUAGAAACUUUAAAUAAAUUUAAUAAGGCUUAUAAUGUUAUACAAAAUUCAUAUAGGGUUCAGUUUGGUUGUGAAAAAGAAGAAAAUCUAAGAUCAGAUGAAUUUCUUAAUAAGAAUAUUUUAAAAAAAUUUAAUGAAGUAAAAAAAAAGAAUAUUAAUGACAAUAUAGAUGGCGAUAAAAUAAAAAUAGAGGAAAGUAAUGAAAAUGCAGUUAAAAACAAUAAUGAAAAUAAUGAUGAUAUUAUUUAUGAUUAUGAUUUUGAAGAAGAAAUGAAGAAGAAUUUGCAAAAAUCUAAGAUGUUAAUUAUAUCUGAUGAUAUACUUAAAACUGAAAAAGAAAAAAAAAAUGAAGAAUUAAAAAAAAUAGCUCAGUUGAAAGCAUUAUUAUCUAUAGAACAUAAAAAAAACGCAUAUAAAAAACGUAUUAAAUCUAAAUCGUAUAGAAAAUAUUUAAAAAUUAAAGAAAGAAAAGAAGAAGAAAAAAUUUUAAGCAAAUUGUAUAGUGAAUAUCCUGAUAUAGCUAGAAGUAUUAGCAAUUAUGAAGAAGAAUAUGCAAAAAAAAGAAAUUUAAUAAAUAAUGUAAAAAAAAGAAAAACAAUAAGUUUACUUAAUCGUUAUAAAAAUGAAGAACUCAGAAAACAAAUUUUAAAAAGUUUUCAAAUAGAUAAAGAAGAAAAAAAUAUACUAAAGAAAAUUAUAGAAAAAACAGCAAUUAAAGAAGAUUAUCUUUUAUAUACCAAUUCUCAUGAUGGUAUAAAUAAAGAAAUUUCCGAAGAAAAUACAAUUGAUGAUGAUAAUGAAAACAGUACAAGUGAUAAAGGUGAUGAUGAUGACUUAAUUGAUGAAAAGAAAAAAAAAAUUAAGAAUGAAUUAAAAAAAAGAAAUUUAUUACGAUUUUCUUUUGUAAAGAAUGCAGAAGAAAAUAAAAAAAACGAUGAAAUAUAUAAAAAAAGAAAAAAUAUACUAAGUAGAAUAGAAAAUAACGAUGAAGAAAAAGAUUGCUUAAGCGAUUUAUCUAGUGAAAAAGAUAUUAUGGAAGAUACUGUUGAAUUAAAAAAUGAAAUUAUCAAAUCAAAUGAAAAAGAAAUUGCUAAAGCUAGAGAGCAGUUAAAAAAUGAUACUGAUUUCUUAAAUUUAUUAAAAAAAAGUGACAUUCUAAAUACGAACAACGUUAUUCAAGAUCAUGAUAUUUUGGUUGAAAGUGAAAACAAUAAAAAUGAAAUAGCUGAAAAUGAAAAUGAGAAUAAUAAAAUAGAAUUAGAUAAGAAUGCUCUUAAUAAUAGUAAUAAUAAUCAAGAAAACAUUACAUAUAAAUUAUUGAAUGAAACUUUGAAUGAUAAUAAAAAGAACGAUUCAAUGCAAAACAAUGAAGAAAAAAAUAAACAGUUUUUAAAUGAUGAAGAAAGUAUUAGAUCUACUAAUAUAAAUAAUAUAAAUGAUGAAGCAAAUGAUAAAAUUAAUAAUAUUAAAAGUAUUUCCGAUUUAAAUGCUAUAAAUGAUGAAGAUGUUUUAAAAAGGUGUAGUGAAAACAUUACUGUAUACAAUUUUGAACACAAUAUAUACGAAAACUAUUUAAAUGUAAAUGAUUAUGAUAACAAUAGAGAUAAUGAUGAAUUAGAUGAAUUAAGUGAUAGUGAAAAAAUUAAAGAAAUUAAAGUUGAUGCAAAAGAAUGGUGUAAUUACAACACCUUAUUAGAUAUAGAGAAGAAGCAAAAAAUAAAAGAAAGAGAAAUUAUAGAAAAGAAAAAGAAUAUUCCAUUACAUACAAUAAAUGUACUUAAUAAAAAAGAUAAAAAAUUUGAUAAAUAUUAUAUUGAUAAAGUACCUUAUCCUUUUAAUAAAAAUGAAUACGAAAAAACACUAAAUAUAAAUAUAAAUAAAGAAAUGAAUGAUAUAUCUACUUAUAAACAAUUAAUAUCUCCUCAAAUAACUAACAAAAUUGGAAAUAUUAUAUCACCUCUAAAUAAAAAUCCUUUUGAAAUAGCAAAUAUUUUAACUUUGAAGAGAAACCAAAAAAAAUCAAAAUUGUAA